GCGGACGAGUACACUUUUCGCCUGCGCGCGAGUAUCCUAACCUCAACGCGCCGUAUAAUUUUGUCCUCUCUCGAUUAAUCCUAAUUUCGUACAAGCGGGUCCAGGCGUGAAUCAAGAUGAAUUGAUGAUUCGAUGAAUUCUGUGCGAAACAGUGUUGAAAUCAGCACGUUAAAAAAUAUGAGUGACUCUCGUGAGCAGCAACUGGAGGAACUGCGAAGCUUCACCGAUGCGGUUAACGAGGAUAUCGCCAGCAUCGUUGGAACCCUCGGCUGGACGAUGGAGAGCGUGACGAACGUGGAUACGGAGUAUCUCACGUGUCCGUAUGAUUCGUCCCACCGGCUAACGGAAAGCUCUCUCAAUGACCAUCUUGCCUCUUGUCAAUGGAAAGCUGAGGGUUACGGAAAGCUAGAUGUUCCUUUAUCAGAGCCAACUUUACCAGCUGAUUCACCGUUCUGUAUAAAAUUUGACGAGGAGCUGCAAGAACAAGUUCUCAGGAAGGCCAAAGAACAAAAUCCAACGAUGAAAACUGGUAUGGGUGAGCGGUUAGUACCGCGUACAUCUGAUAGGGUUAUCAUAGAUUUCACCAGCGAUGAGAGGAGAGCGCUGUAUGACUAUGUCAUCGCUAAUACCGCCAAGCCAGACAUUGGAGAGGAUAUUGCAAAUAUUAAUAAUCUGGAGGCACAACAAAAAGGAGACAAAGAAUUGUCUUUUCUGGAAUUGUUGAUACGAGAGCGCAACUUUAAGAGACGUAGAGCAAAGCAUAGAGGCGUUCAUACAAAUAAAAAGUCUCAUACUGAAAUUCUCAGAGAAGUGAUUGAUCAACAAAUGGAGAUGUAUGUAGAUUAUAUCUCCGGAGAAAGUAAUUCUGGACGUGUAACAGACGUUCGGAAUACUAAAACAGAUGAUACAAGCUAUGAAAAGAUGCAAGAUAGAACAGAACGUUUAAACAAAGUAUUUCUUAGUAAAGAUCCUCCUUCCCGAGACUAUAAUGACUAUAAUUCUGGAGAAAGGAACGGUCAUCACCAUAAGAAGCAAAGAGAUAAUCAAAAAAGAGACCAUUCAGAAGAUAGAAGUUAUCACCGAUCAAGAGAUCGAGACAAACAGGAAAGAUAUUCAGAUGCAACGGAAAGAAAGCACAGACAUGAAUAUAGGAAGUCGUCACGUUCGAGAGAGCGGAAGUCACAUAAAAAGGACAAACGUCGAAGUAAAGAUAAAUACUACGAACAGAAGCAUAAAUCUAGAGAUCGUGAUAAAUCAUCAGAGAAACAUAAAUCUCGAGAUCGCGAUAAAUCAUCGGAGAGACAUUAUUCAAAGCAUAGUGAUCAUAAACGAAAAGAUAGAAGUAAAGAGUAUUGACUUUAAUUGCAAACUAAUUAUAAGAGUAAAGACAAAAAUGGGAUCUGUUUAAAGAUUUGUGUAUCUGAAGUUAAUAAUUAUCACAGUUAAUAACACAA